UUGAUAGAGAGAAGCAAGAAUCUAGAGGAAAAYCUKAGAAAGUUGGCYGAAGAAAGAAAUCGAAGCGAGGARCUUCUGUAUCUAAUGAUGCCUCGGCCAAUCGCAGAGAGAUUAAAGAAUGGGGCGAACGCUAUAGACACAUGCGAGUAUUUCGAUAGUGUUACAGUCCUGUUUAGUUAUUUGGAUGGRUUUAUCAAACUGUGUUCCAAUGUCGAUGCAAUGGAGGUUGUUGCUCUUGUAGAUCGCAUGUUAAGAGUUUUCGACGUUCUCAGCGAGCAACACGACGUCUACAAGUUUGAGACAUUGGGAGACGCCGUUUAUAUGGCGGUCAGCGGUGCUCCAGUACGAAAGAAACGUCACGCCGAGCCAAUGGCGGCAAUGGCAUUGGAUAUGAUCAAGUCGAUGGCCCAAUUUAAGAAAGAUUGUGGAAGGGAUAGUUUAACAAUAACAAUAG